UUGUCAACCAUUUUUUGAAAGUGGAAACACCGGCGGCCCGCCACGUUUCGCCCGUCUAGUUAGUUGUUCAGUCGUCAGUAAUUUUUAUCUUUACAUUCGUUGACCGUGUAAACAGUUUAUUUUACAAUAAAAAUGAGUGCACCAGCACCCACUCCUGCUUAUAAAAUCGGAAUAGUGAAGCAGGUUUUAUCUGGGGACACGAUAGUAAUAAGAAAGCAACCCCAAGGUGGUCCACCUCCGGAGAAGGUGAUCGCGCUGUCCGGCGUCACGGCUCCGAAACUAGCGCGCCAGAGGACAGCAAAUAAUGAUAUCGAGACAAAAGAUGAGCCGUACGCGUGGGAAGCCCGGGAGUUCUUGAGGAAGAAGCUGGUGGGGAAGGAAGUGAUCUUCACCGCCGAGAAGCCCCCCAACUCGGCCACCAGAGAAUACGGCACCGUCUGGGCUGGAAAAGACCCCACAAAGGACGAGAAUGUGACAGACGCCCUGCUCGCUGAAGGGCUGGUCAGGGUGAGGGAGGGCGGCAGAAACAUUCCUCAGCUGAAGAGGCUCGUGGAGAUCGAAGACGUCGCCAAGUCACAGGGCAAGGGCAUUUGGGGGUCGGAUCUGCAGGACCACGUGCGUGAAAUCAAACCGACCAUCGACAAUCCGAAGCAGUUUGUGAACAAGCACAACGGUCACCCGAUCAAGGCUAUCAUAGAGUACGUGAGAGACGGCUCCACGCUUCGUGUGUGUCUGCUUCCAGACUACUACCAGAUCACUUUGAUGCUGUCUGGAAUCAGGUGUCCAACCGUAAAACAAGAUGGCGACUCGGAGCCGUACGCGGACGAAGCCCGCUACUUCGUCGAGUCCCGCCUUCUCCAGAAAGACGUGGAGGUGGUGCUGGAGUCGGUGAACAACAACGUGUUCGUGGGCACCAUAUUGCACCCUCAGGGGAACAUCGCUGAAGCGCUGCUGAGGCAGGGGUUCGGCAGAUGCGUGGAUUGGUCGCUAGCUGUCAUGAAGUCUGGCGCGUCCACCCUCAGGCAGGCUGAGAAGGCGGCGAAGGACGCCAAGCUGCGCAUCUGGACUAACUACGUGAGCAACGCGCCCAUCAUAGCGGCCAAGGACAAGGAGUUCACCGCCACUGUCAUGGAAGUGGUGAACGGUGACGCCCUGGUGGUGAAGAUGCCCAAUAACGCGACGAAGAAGAUCUUCUUGGCCAGCAUCAGGCCGCCCAGAGAAAAGAACAGCCCAGACGACGAGGGCAAGCAGUCGCCGCGUCCAAAAGGCUUCAAGCCACUGUACGACAUUCCCUGGAUGUUCGAGGCGCGGGAGUUUCUCCGCAAGAAGCUGGUGGGGAAGAAGGUGAACGUGACCGUGGACUACAUUCAGCCGGCCAAAGACAACUUCCCGGAGAAGACUUGCUGCACGGUCGUGGCGGGUGCUAUCAACAUCGCCGAAGCGCUAGUGUCGAAGGGCUACGCAACAGUGGUGAAGUACAGGAACGACAAUGACCAGCGAAGCUCCCACUACGACAAGCUGCUCGAGGCGGAACAGAAAGCCAAGCAGGGCUCGCUCGGAGUGCACGCCAAGAAAGACAUCCCCACUCAUCGCAUUCAGGACACGAGCGGAGACGCCGCAAAAGCCAGGAAGUUCUUCCCGUUCCUGAAGCGAGCUCAGAAAACGGAAGCCACAGUCGAAUUCGUUGCCAGCGGAUCCAGAAUGAGGAUCUACAUUCCCAAAGAAUCUGUGUUGGUCACUUUCCUGCUCGCUGGCAUCAAUUGCCCCCGCGGAGCCAGGCCCACUGUGGGGGGUGGACCGAUGCAAGAUGCUGAACCAUUUGGUGAAGAAGCGCUACAGUUCACCAAAGAGAAGUGCUUGCAACACGAUGUGAAUGUCACCAUCGAGGAAAUGGACAAGGGUGGCAACUUCAUCGGCUGGCUGUGGAUCGAUAAUGAGAACCUCUCCGUCGCUCUGGUGGAACACGGGCUCUCUUCCAUGCACCACACGGCCGAGACCUCGGAGUUCGCACGGGCAAUCAAGACAGCCGAAGAGAACGCUAUGAAGAAGCGUAUCGGUAUAUGGAAGGACUUUGUCGAAGUUGAGAAGGAGGUUGAGAAAGAGAGGAAUGCACCGAUACAAGACCGCGUAGUGAAAUAUGAGAAGGUUGUGAUCACUGAGAUAACUGGAGAAGGGAACUUUUACGCUCAACAUGUUGAUCACGGCUCCAAAUUGGAGGCGUUGAUGGAGAAGAUUCACCAGGAGUUCAAGACGAAUGCCCCUCUGCCGGGGUCGUAUGUGCCGAGAAGGGGACAGAUUUGCGCAGCGCGCUUCACCAUGGACGACCAGUGGUACAGGUCCAAAGUGGAGAAGAUUACCGAGGACAAAAUGGCCCAUAUACUUUACAUUGAUUAUGGCAACCGAGAGAUCGUGAACAUAACGCGGCUCGCCCUGCUCCCCGCCGGGACGGAAAGCGACCCGCCGUACGCGACCGAAUACGUCCUGUGCUGCGUGAAGUUCCCUUCAGACCCGGAUGACAGGAACGAGGCCGUCGCCGCCUUCUCCGCGGACACCCUGAACAAGAAGCUGCUCCUCAACGUGGAGACGAGAGGGUCGCCGCCGGCGGUCACUCUUGUCGACCCCAAUACUAAUACUGAUCUUGGAAAGAACCUGAUCAAAGAGGGCCUAGUUCUCAUGGAGAGCGUGCGCGACCACCGGCUGGCGGGCCUCGUGGCCGAGUACAGAGCCGCCCAGGACCACGCCAAGAGCUCCAGACUCAACCUGUGGCGUCACGGCGACAUCACCGACGACGACGCGGUGGAGUUCGGGGCGCGACGCUAGUAUACGCCCUACUACGAUGCCACAAUGUCGCCGUCUCACACCAGGCACUGUGGCACGUGCAAGGCCCAACACGCCGAGAUGAUCAUAUACGCCAUCGUAAAUCUAUUGUAAACGACUGUGUUCAGUGAAGUGAAAGUGAAUUUUGAUUUCGUGUUGUCAUACGCUCCUUUUUUACACAACUACAUACAUACGUGUACAUUCUUUCUUUCUUUUCUAUAUUAUGGCUUCCACCGGACUUUGGGUGAUUCUGCCAAUGUCAUGGUUUGAAUAGUUUGAACUGUUUCUGUGAAAGUGAUCUGCCGAGUUUGACAUAUUGUUUGUUUUACUAAUUUUUGAUGUUUGUAUUUUUGGUUUUUUUUUUGUUGUUGCUUUUGUUUGUACUUUUUAACCGAGAUGCAGAUUUUGUUUUUCUUUUUUUUAAAGGAUCCGUGUGAUAACGCGAUGGCAAAAUAAUUCAAUAAUACUUGAAAGUGCUCCUGAGUGGUUGGUGUUUCAAUCAGUAACAUUGUAAUGACUCCGCAUGCAAUUAUAUAAACUCUGUUGUAAAUGUUAAUUCUCAGUAAAUCAUUCAUUGAUGAAUAUUAAAUGUUGUGAAUGUUAACAUUGUGUGACAAAUAGAUAUAUGAAUAUUGACAUUAUCUCGAUGUUCCCUCUGUCCCGAGAGGAUCCUGCUUGUGGGGAGUGGCCACACUCUUGCGAAAUACGGUUACACGACAAGGGUAACCCCUACACUCUUCGACUUGACUUACCUAAAUAUACAUUAUAUAAUUUAAUGAACUGAAUUUGUAUAUUUUAUCUACAAAUGUAUCAGAAUUAUAAUAAAUUUAUAAUAAAAAGCAAAUUGUUGAUCAUAAUAAUAUUUACAUUUUUACCGUUUUUUGUAUAUCAGCAAUAAACAUAAUGUAGAUUUAUAUUUUCGUUGUUAUUUAAUUAUUUAUUUGCGCUCAGAUAGCAUAAUUGACUAAUGUUUUCCUUUUGUAGUUGUCUGCUGUUUCUAUAUAAAUAAAUCCGUGUAUGUUGAUGUAAAGUAUGAAUACUGGAUGUAUUAUCUAAGGCUGGCUCUUUAUUGAUACCAUAGUUAUAGCUCAUCGUAUUUCGUACUUGCAAGCAUAUUGAAGGACCUACCUCUCUCCCGAUAUAAUAUUUAUGUGGUAUAUAAAUCUGUUUACAUACUAGAGUACCAAACGGUGCGUGAAUUGUUAAAUACACUUGGUAUAUUGAAAUAAAUAUUUUAGGAAAUUAA